AGCGCGGAGCGCCGAGUGAACGUUCGACCGCCGCGGGUUAAACGUCCGCCUUCCGUGUGAAUUCCUGCCGCGCCUCCGUCACGCACACCUCGGGGGCUUUGGAGUGACUAGGUACCUGACACCUCAGCACCUGGCCCUUCCACCCCCAGCCAGGGGGCUGCUGCUGCUAAGUCGCUUCAGUUGUGUCCGACUCUUUGAGACUCCAUGAACUAUAGCCCGCCAGGCUCCUCUGUCCAUGAGAUUCUCAAGAAUACUAGAGUUUCCUGGAGGCCUGCUUUUUUCUUCUUUCCCUUUGUACUGGAAAAGCUCUUUGAGGAAGAGGAGGAAACAGAACAGGAGUCAGAAAUGGCUCUUUCUCAGGCACAGUUGACCUUCAAGGAUGUGGCCAUAGAGUUCACUCAGGAGGAAUGGGAAUGCCUGGACCCUGCUCAGAGGGCCUUGUACAGGGACGUGAUGGUGGAGACCCUCAGGAACCUAGUCUCCUUGGAUAUCUCUCAUAUACUUGUGAUCAAGAAACUACAACUAAAUGCAAAAACUGAUAGAGGAGAAGAAUUCCAAACAGUGAUAUUGGGAAGACACGAAAGGAAUAAAAUCAAAGAUUUUUACUUCAGGGAAAUCCAGGAAAAUAUAUAUGACUUUGAGUCUCAGCCAAGAGAUGAGGAAAGAAAUUACAAUGGAAAGCGUAUAACGCAUGACAAAAAUCUCACCGAUGAGAGAGAGGAACAUGGUAGAAGUAUUGCAGGAAUCAAGCCUAUUGAAAACAGGCUUGCAUUAAGCUUUUGGGAUGACCUGCAUGUUUAUAAAAGUGAAGAGAAGAUUGAUGAAUUUAAUCAAGCUGACAAGAGUAUUAGUAUUAGUGCCUCAUUUUCACUACUUCAAAGAAUUUCUCUCCUUGUCCAAACCAACAUUUCUAAUUCAUAUGGGAAUGAUUUCAUGCAUCCUUCAAUACUAACACAAGACCAGAGCACACAUAUGGAAAGCCCUUACAAAUGUAAUCAGAGUGGCAAAACCUUUCAUCAGGGCUUGAACCUUACCCAACAUCAGUUUAUCCAUACAGAAGAGAACAUGUUUAAUUGUGAUGUGUGUCGCAAAGUCUUUAGUCGACAUUCAGACCUUGCUAUUCAUCAGACAAUUCAUACUGCAGAGAAAUCUUACAAGUAUAACAAGUGUGGCAAAACCCUUUACCAUGGCUUGCACCUCACUGGACAUCAGAUAAUCCAUACAAAAGAGAACUUAUAUAAAUGUGAUAUAUGUGAAAAAGUGUUUACUCAAAGUUCAUAUCUUACAGUUCAUCAGAGAAUACAUACUGGAGAGAAACCAUACAAGUGUAAUGAAUGUGGCAAGGUGUUUAGUCAGAAUUCAUACCUUGCAAAACAUCGCAGAAUUCAUACUGGAGAGAAACCUUAUAAAUGUAAUGAGUGUGGCAAGGUCUUUCAUCACAAGGCCAACCUUGCAAGUCAUCAGAGACUUCAUACUGGAGAGAAACCUUAUAAGUGUAAUGAAUGUGGCAGGGCUUUUAGUCAGAAAGGAAACCUUGCAAGUCAUCAGAGAAUUCAUACUGGAGAGAAACCUUACCAGUGUAACGAGUGUGGUAAGAUGUUCAGUAGUAGAUCAACCCUCGUCAGUCAUCAAGUCAUUCAUACUGGAGAGAAACAUUACAAAUGUAAUGAGUGCGGCAAAACCUUUUAUUUUGGCUCACACCUCAAACAACAUAAAAUCAUCCAUUCAGGAGAUAAACCAUAUAAAUGUGAUGUCUGUGGGAAAGUCUUUGGUCAAAAUUCAUACCUUGCAGUUCAUCGGAGAAUUCACACUGGGGAAAAACCUUACGAAUGUAAAGACUGUGGCAAAAUCUUUAAUCAUAGCUCGAACUUCAAGAGACAUCAGAUAAUCCAUACAGGACAGAAAUUAUGUAAAUGUGAUAUAUGUGGCAGAGUCUUCAGUUUUAAUUCAUAUCUUGCAAGGCACCGAAGGACUCAUACUGGAGAGAAACCUUACAAAUGUAACGAGUGUGGCAAGGUCUUCAAUAGGAAUUCAAGUCUUGCAAUUCAUCAGAGAAUUCAUACUGGAGUUAAACCUUACAAAUGUAAUGAGUGUGGCACCUGUUUUAGUCGAAAGGCGUACUUGGCAAAGCAUCAGAGUGUUCAUACAAAAGGGAAACCUUUCAAAAACAAAGACUGUUGAAAACCUUUCAUUAGAUCUCAACUAUCACUCCACACCAGGUAAUAAAUACAAAGGGGAAAUCAUUUAACAUGA